CUGUCCCCAGCAUGGCGGCGCCCAGCGAAGUGGCCGCGGCAGUCGCCGGUGAAGGCGAUGGCGGGGGUUUUGGAUCCUGGCUUGACGGACGGUUGGAGGCGCUGGGAGUGGACCGAGCCGUUUACGCCGCUUACAUCCUUGGCGUCCUACAGGAGGAGGAGGAAGAAGAGAAGCUGGACGCCCUGCAGGGUAUCCUCUCUGCUUUCCUGGAAGAAGAUUCCCUCCUUGAUAUCUGUAAGGAAAUUGUGGAGCGAUGGUCACAAACACAGGAUGUUGCCACCAAUGUAAAAAAAGAAGAUAAGGUGCAGGCCAUCACCACCUUGAUUGAGAAGCAGGCACAGAUUGUGGUGAAGCCCAGGGUGGUUUCAGAAGAAGAGAAGCAGAGGAAAGCAGCCCUGCUGGCCCAGUAUGCUGACGUGACUGACGAAGAGGAUGAAGCCGAUGAGAAAGAUGAUCCGGGUGCUUCAGCAGCGAACAUCGGUUCUGACAAAACCCUGUUCCGAAACACCAAUGUGGAAGAUGUUCUCAAUGCUCGGAAACUGGAGCGAGACUCGCUUCGGGAUGAGUCCCAAAGGAAGAAGGAACAGGACAAGCUGCAGAGGGAGAAGGACAAACUAGCCAAGCAGGAACGAAAGGAGAAGGAAAAGAAGAGGACACAGAGAGGCGAACGGAAGCGAUAACCUUGGCCCACUCUGCUCCGUCCACCCAUGAAGUGUGUCUGUGUAUUUAAGAGAACUGAGACUAAUGUAUUUCCCAAAAUUUCCUAAGGCUUUCCCCCUUUGUUUACAUGUUCAAAAGGAAAAUCGCAAUCACUUGUAAAUGUGCCAUGUUUUGGUGGUGUGGGCAAUCAAUUAUAGUAUCUUUACCAAAGAUCUGGAAUUAGGGUAACCUUUCUAUUUUAGUACUUAACUCCUGUGCUCUUCUCUUUUAAAAAGGUCUUCCCUCAUUUUGUAUAUUUAGCCAGUUACAGAAAGCUAACAUCCUGAAGGAAACAUGACCAUUCCUUCUGAGUUAAAAAAAAAAAAAGUGCAAAUUGCUUCUGAGGCAAUAUUUGCCCUAAAAUAUAGUGGGCUUUUGUUUUGAGACUGGGUUUCAUUCUAUAGCCCAGGCUGGCCUUGAAACGUUGCAGUGUCCUUUCUCAGUUUCUCAGCUUCAGGAUUAUGGACAUAAGUCACCACACUUGGCUUGUAACUAUUUUGAGGCUGAAGUAGCUAAUGAAGAGCCCUACCUAGAUCCAGAUUUUAUGACAUCAGAUUAGGGAUGUGGAGGAUGUGGAGGAUGUGGAGUGUGAUCUAAGAAUUUUUUUUUAAUGUGUCGACUUGGGCUCAGGCUAUAGUUGUGUUGAGUGCCUGCUUAGCACAUACAAGGCCCUGGGAUUGAGCCCCAGUUUGGAAGAAAGACUUAAGCCUAUGGGAAAAACAAGUAUCUUUUUAAAUAGAGAGCUAUGUAUUUUUCAUGUAGUCUGUGAUUUAAAGGAUUUGUCAGUUUGCAGUAUAAGGAUAUCAUUUUGCUAAUUUUUUUUUUUUUUUUAAUCAGGAGUUCCCUUGAAUUCCCUCUUGAUUUUAAUCUUGAUUUAUCCUGCAGGCAUGUCCUACCUUUUGACAUUGUGACAUGACUUUUUAAAAAACUUGCAAAAAAAAAUCAUGUUUUAAAAGUUAUGAUUUUGUAUUAGGCCGAAUUUAUAGUUGUCCUUGACCACAGGUUGGACACACCUGCAACAUUAGUAAGACCUAAUAAUUCCUGGCUUAGAGAAACUGAAGGAAUUACUCUCUUAGAGAAAAACACUGGAAAUUUUGCUAACACAAUACUUAAAAGUAUAUAGUUGGUGGUUAAACUUAUGAAGUGAGUGAAUGGAAAAACCAGGAGAGUCAACAAGGGUGAACAGAACUCUCCAAGUCUACGUCUGUCACAGCCACAUCUAGUUGUAAAUAAAGUCCUUCUUUACUUGACUUUGGGCAACAGGUAUCAAAAGCCUCAAGAGAACAAUUUCUCUGAUAAGAUUAUUUUCUACCAGGGGUCAGAAGACUCCACUCACGGGCCAAGUUUGGCCCAGUCUUUUUUGUAUGGGGCAAAAACUAAAAUGCUUUUUUACAUUUUUAAGAGGUUAUAAAAGAAAGACAUUCAUGAUUGAGACCAUAUGUGGCCUAUAAAACCUAGUAUUUGGAGAAAGUUUGUUGACUUUUGUAUCAUUAGCUACCUUUGUGCAGAAGAAAAAAAAACAUGGUUAAGGAAAGGAGAUAUGCUGCCUCUUUGUCCUACAACCAUGGCAUUGCAAAAAUAACCACCUUUUUCUUUUAAAAAAUAAAUUUAUUUAAGUCAGUG